GAUGCACACAAAUCAUGCACACCACGUUGGUUGUAGCCAUCCAGCCAGCCACCGCACCUGACAACCCUCUGCUGGGGUUCGGCGACCCAUUUGAGAGAGAGAGAGAGCUCCUUUGGGUUUUCAUUUUGGUCAGGCAAAGGCACCAACAACGCUCAGCUCAGCCAACAACGACGACGACCCAAGCAAGCAAGCAAGUACGAGAGAAGACGAGAGAGCUAGCCUGCCACCAACCCAGCACGCAUUCAACGGGCAAACACAGUCACAUCACAUCAACAACAGCACAGAGUUUGAGCCGGCUGGCACAGAGGAAGUUGAGAGACAGACAAGCAAGCAAGCAAGCAAUACAAGUGAAACAGCAAACAGCAGACAGCAGCAGGAGCAGAAACACCAGCAGAGACACCAGGGCCAAGGAUGAUGGACGGCAUCAUCCUCCCUCAGGGUGUUGUGCAGCACCAGCACCAACAGCAGCAGCAGAAGCAGCAGUCGCUGCACCGCAGCAACUCCUCACGCAAGGACACGUCACGUCGCAUGGCGCCCAGCCGAAAGAGCGAAGUUGACCUGCUGCACAAGCGCAAGGAGGUGAUCAGCCACGCUAUCGAGGAACUUGGCCGGACCAUCACCAAGUUGAAUGAGAGCUCUGGAUUUGAGACAGCGUUUCAAGCGCUGGACACGGAGUCCAUGAAGCAGUACCAACACAGCCGAUGCAAGGCGGGCAGAGCAAACGCACACCUCAACCGGUACAACGACAUUGUCCCCUACGAUGCAAGUCGCGUUGUGCUGCACAAGUGCACACCGGACUACAUCAACGCAAGUCACAUUCAGCAGUUGAUGCCUGGAACACCAAACUUCAUCGCAACACAGGGGCCGACCAAAACAAGUACGCGCGUGUUUUGGGAAAUGGUGGCCGAGUACAACACGGGUGUCAUCGUAAUGGUCACAAACACCAUCGAGGGCUCCCGGAUCAAGUGCGAUCAGUACUGGCCAGACAUCAACGACACCGUCACGUUCGAGCCAGAGAAAGGGUACCCAAAUCGCAUCACCGUCGAACAUGUGGAUGAACAGGACGGAUUCACGUGGAGCGAACGCGUGUUUUCACUUCGCAUCAACGACAACGAACCUCGCAGGGUUGUUCAAUACCACUUCACAGACUGGCCCGACUACGGCACACCGCUGUCUGCGGUGCCGCCUGUGGUUGAUGAGACGACGCUGCGCGCGUUUUCGUCGUUCGGAAUCAAUCUCCGCUCCGCCGCCGGUGAACCGCGCGAUCUUUCCACAUUGGGAAGGAAGAGGGAUGGGCGCGUUGUUCCUGGCGUUUACGAGAAGGAACUCAAGGUUCUCCUGAAGGUUCUCAUGAACCACAAGCAGCACAUUGUGGAAUCACUCGCCCUCAGCGAUGACAAGGACACCGCCGACAAGCUGUCCUCGCUCCUUGAUGACCUUGGCCCGUGGGAGCACCCCAAUGUCCCGCUGCCAGAGCUGUGGCGCCCCAUCACCCUCCACACCACCCCCGUCAACGAUCAUCGCUUUUCCCUCAUGUCCACGCCCUCAUCCUAUGCGCUGGAUGGCAUCGAGGCUGUGAUGCAGAGUGGAGAGUAUUUGGACACGGGCAUUCGGCGUGCGCCCAUCCACCACUCGUCCUGGCUCGAAUUCGACAAAGGGUACCGCCCCGUGCAUUUCACCGCCAACGAGGUCGCGUCGCAGCCAGAGUGGGCAGAUCCCGACAUUGAACACGAGUACGCGCUGCUGUCGUUCAACAACAUCGACGAAGCGUAUGGCAUUGACCGGCGGAGUUAUCUCGGCCUCUACAAGAUCAUGCAGGGCGUGCCACGGAAUCCGCUGCGUCGCACGGGCAUCAGCGGCCGCGGCGUUCUCGGUCGGUGGGGUCCAAACCAUUUCCAGACAACAAUCGUCACGCGGUGGCGAUAUUUGAGCACGACCGGAGUGCAGCAGCGCGCAUUCAAGAACAAUCUGCCAGUCAUGGAGGUGCUGCUGAAGAUCGAACACGGAGAGCUGCAUCUGCCAACGGAUCGGCGCCAAAUUGCCCUUGAAUUUCCUCCAACGCUCCAGGAGUAUUUUGGAUUUGACGGCGAAAUUGACGUCACAGACGAUUUGGACCCGAACGCCAUUUGCUCCAUCCCGGAAAUGGUCUCAAACGCCUACGAGCUGUACAAGGGUGUUCCCGCGGAUGAUCGGAGCACAGACAACGCGUGGGUGGAGCUCAUCUCGUUGUGGAUGCACUGUCCAGACGAAUGCAAUCUGCCAAAGGAGGUUCUUGACGGUGCAGAUUACGUGUGGGCGCCACUCCACUGCCGUCUGGACCUCGAUGACCCAUCGCUUGAUCUCCUGCAGACCGUCGCCAACACCUGCAACGUCUACUUCUCAGACCAGCUGCCUCGCAUUGUGCGCAGCAUCAUGCAGGAAGUGGAGCGUCGUGGCAUCACCACGGAGGGCCUUUAUCGCGUCUCCGGCUCCCAGACCAAAGUCAUUGCAACAAAGGACAAGUUGCUUGAGGAAGGGUUUGGCGCUGUGCACGAUGCGGAGAUUCCCGUCCUGACGAGCGUGCUCAAACUUCUGUUGAAGGAAAUGACACCACCUCUGCUGACACACGCGCUGUACGACGACUUCAUCGCCUGUCUUGAGCGCACGGACGACACGGCGCGCCACCAGGCGCUCUCUGCUGUGCUGCAGAAACUCCCGCAAGACAACUACCGUCUUCUCGACAGCCUCAUUCGCCACCUCAAGAAGGUGGCAGCUGAGGAGGAAGCGAACAGAAUGGGCAUUCAGAACCUCUCCCUUGUGUUUGGACCGUCCAUCAUGAAAUCGCCUCGUGGUGUUGUCAACGACAUGUCAGACCACGGACAACAGAUCCUGGUGCGUGCUUUCAACGAGCAAGGCGGGUUUUACCAGGACAACUUCUUCGAGAACCUGUCUGAAACAUAUGUGGAGCAGGAUGAACCUUCGCUUGAAGCGUCACAGGCCGCGGUGGAGGGCGAAGAAGGAUAUGUGGACGAGAACGGAUACGAUGAGUACGGCGGCUACUACGAUGAAUAUGGAGGGUAUUACGAUGUCGAGGGUGGAUACACAGACGCCGGUGAGUUCAAAAACGCUGCGCAUGACAGCAAUUGCGACAUGCGUGACACAAAGGGCAACUACUACGAGCCUGGCUCGUGGGUGCCUGACACCAUCACAUACUUGGAGGGCGAGGUCACUUGGGUCAUUCGAGGCAAGCGAAGCGGGUUGCGUCGCGGGAAGGAGACAAAGACGAAGAAGUGGCUGUUCUUGCAGGGCGAGAUGGUGUUUCUGUACGAGCUCACGGAUAUGGAAUGCGAGAAUCCCAUCAAAACCAUCGUGGUCGACAACACGUGGAAGGCAACACGUGAGAAGAUGCGUGUGAUCCUGAAACACCGCGACAGCACGGAGCUUGUCAUUCAGCUUGAGGACAAGGAUACGGCAAAGCAGUGGGUGGAGGCGUUCAGGGCUGCGAUUGACGGCACAUUGGAGGAGACGGCUGUGGGUGAGGAGUACCUGCAGAUUGGCGACGAGGAAACACAAUGA